GUUUGUCGACAUGGAUAUGCGAUUGCAACUUUGGUUUGGUCGAACUACCGUAUCAGAGAAAUUUAGUAACAAACAAGGCAUGGCUUGAAGAUGAAUGAGGUGAUGAGAAAUGUAAAGACUUUCCUUGGAUUAGUACAGACUGCCAAGACCGAUGCUGCUGCACACUGGAACCAAGAAGCAUUCCAAAGGGCCAUGAAGUGGGCAGAAUACUUUGAAGGGGUUUACAAGAAACUAGAAACCAAGGUCGACGUGGUGACUAAAUUCAAUCGAGGUCUUGAGAUCAUUAGCAGUCAGGCUGGUGCAUGCCCUGGACCUAGUCCUGUGACCUUUGCAGAUCUAAAACACUCCAAAAGAAUGCUCCUAAAGAUUUUGCUUCAGAAUCCCUACCUUAGUGGAGAGAUUUAUUCUUUGGUACUGGAUAGCUAUACAGUUCUACCGACCCCUGAUGGAUUAGGAGGAUCAGAAAUGCUUCUUCAGGAUGCAGUAGAGUGUGCCCAUGCCAAGGCAAGAAGAGAAUCCCUUCUCAGGAUCAAAGCUCUCACUUCACAAGCCCUAGCAAGGAUGAACGAAAGAUCGUAUACAGGUGAUGUUGUAAAUUUUGAUAGUGCAACCGAUGUCGGAAUCCAAACAGAUGCUUGUGUUCUCCAACAACAUCUCCUACAUCAUCUGUCAAAGAACCCUUCAUCGCAAAGCACUCUUGAUUACUUACAUGAUAAAUUGGAGGAGAUGGCUCAAAAGCCCAAUGGAAUGGAAAUCAUCUCAUUUGCCGAGUCUCAUCUUCCUUACCAGGGAAACAAAGAAGAGGGGGAUUUGCCUGACCUUUCACCUGAAAUCCGAUGUAAACAGUUACUUACUGAAUGGCUACUCAGGAGAGCGAAUGCUGCUUCUGCAAGUGAUAUCAAAGAUGACAGGAAACCACCCUAAAGUCAUCUAAAGGUGGGCCAAAGAUGGAUGGAGUUAGAAUGAGGAUAAGCCAUGGCUGAUAAUGAUGAUAGUAAUGUGGUAUUUCUAAUGCGCUUGAGACAUACAGUGUAUGUAUUUAAGUUCUUACAGAUUUAUUUAUUAUUGGAUUCAAGCAGCCAUUUUCGCACACAAUGUAUGCAAAUCCUCCACUCCCUGGGGAGUAUUUCAGCCAGUCACAAUUCAGGCACACACAAUACUGGACAAGCUACAACGACGUCCACAUCCUGCCAGGUACUCUUUUAGCACCUGGGUGGAGAGUGGCAGUGUAGAUUAACGCCUUUCCAUAGGAUGCCAGGCUGCGGUGGGAUUUGAACACCCGACCUGAUUAGAAAGCGAGAGUCAGAACCACUACACCACGGGUUUGAUGGAGUAAGAGAGAAGUGCAAUCACAUAUUUUGUAUUGUAAAAUGCACUAUUUAUGAUAGCGCUUUAAAAUAUGAAGUUUCUUAGGGCUGCGUAGUAUCACCCCCGCUUAAGCACGGCUACCCUGAUCGGGUGCUCGAGCAUUCAAGGAAUUCCAUGAUACCGGGUACCCAUUUACUGCACCUCGAUGGAGAGUGGCCAAUUUGAUAAACGCCUUGCCAAAGAAUGCCAGUGUCAUGUUGGGAUUUGAACCCCGGACUGGUUGGUUCAAAGUCUGGAGACUUAUCCAGUGAACCACCCGACCUCUAUGUAAUGAUUUGAUGAAAGCAGUCCUCAAGAGCUUGGUUUAUGUAGCAUCAUAUCACCAAAUGUUACGUCAUGAUAUUACUGGUGAACGUGCUAUUCUCUCACAAAGUAUAUUACGGCAGUGUAGAUUGUGUUGGCAUGUUUACAACAGGAACAUUUUUUUUCAAUGUUUGCAUCGACAACAGGCAAAAAAAAAGUUUUUGUUUUGUGGGUUUUUUCAUAAACUGCAUAUAUCUGCAGUGAAUAGGGAUUUUCCAGGGCUCUUUUGAGAAUUUUAGGGGUGAAAUUGCCCUGAGCCCCUUUUAUAAGUUUUCCCUGAUCUACAACCAGGGCCACAUUUUCUAUUAUCUUUGACACAUUUACAAAGCCUAUUUGUAAAGUUGGUUUUAGAACAAGCACAGCCUUGAGUAAGGUAUAUAACAUUUUCUCUUAUAUAAUUAAUGCUUUUUUCUACUGUAUCAGAAAUGAUAUUGACCUUGUUCUUACCAUCUUGCUUUGUUGCAUCAUAUCCAUAAAGAGAAAUGUUUGGGUAUAUAAAAAAAUUGAGAAUUGACUUCAUCCCAUACUAUUGAUACCCAACAACUCUUUAACCAAUGUAGUUUCAAAGCUGAAUUAGAAGACAACAGAUCAUCUUCAUGUUCACCCUUCCAUGAAGCUUAAUGUACUAUAUCAAGAGCUUUAUGAUGCCUUGAUAUAACAUCAGAAUCAUUAAUAUACUAUUGUACAAAUAAUAGAAUUGAAAUUAUGAAGGCGAGAAUUUUUACAUUUUAAUAUAUGCAUUAUAUAAUAUGUGAUAAAAACACAUUAAGCCAUGAUCUGAAUGAGCAUUCCAUUCGGUUUGAGCCAAGUGACCUUGUGUACUACUGCAGCAUCCAGCUUAUAAACUACACUUUUGAAAAUCAAUAUUAAGAAGGUAAGCUUUCCUGUAUGUGCAGAAUAUAAAACAAAAUCACAACCUGAUGUGAUGUAUAAAACCUGCAGACUCAUCCGAAUAUUUAAGAGUUCACUAUUUAAACAUGCCAAAUCUGAUUUAUACAUGUAGUCACGUGCAUACUGAAAAGAAUUUGAUCAAGAUACUCUUCACCCCAGCUCGAGCACAAUAUUGCACUCAUCUUAAUGAGUACAUAAGGCCUCCAGGGGUUAUAUGUCCUGGGCAAGUAUCUCCAGCCCAUUUCCAAGUUUGGUUUAUUGGCUUCAUUUCCUGUUUGAUAGUUUCUUAUGGUAGGCCCCUCUUUCAAUAGUGUCAAAAGUUUUGCUUAAGUCUAAAAAAAAACUCCAAUGGUAUGAAGUUUAUUAUUAAAUACAUCAAUCAAAUAAUCAUCAAGAUAUGUUUGCCCGCUAGUCUACUUCGGUCUCCCAUCUAACUUCACGACUUUUCCUAUGCGACGCAAACUUAACGAUGAUUGCUCGUGGCUUGUUAUCGUCCAAGGUGGUUUCCUUGGUUGGGCCAACACAGGACUGCGAUCAAUGUCAUCUUUGCACAGGUUCAUCUACAACUUAUCCGUUGCGAGCUUAAUGAUGACGUCAUCUGUACUCUCUCCAAGUGAUUCUUUGAUGCCAGGGAAACGAAGGUAAUUUCUCUGAGAAUACUGUUCCAGACUAUCGAGAUGACGGGUCAGGGUAUCUGUUCAAGUUUCCAGUUGGGAUCGAAGAGACUCGAUUUCUGUGCUUUUUUAUUUUUAUCUUACUUCCAAAUUGAAGAUACGGUCCUCUUGAGCUUAAGUUCUUCCUUAAUAUCUAACAGCUGUUUGUUGAUGUGGCCAGCCACAACACUUACAAAUGGUAUCAAAAAAGUGCAAAAAAAUAAAGAUGGAAAGAUACAUUUUGAGGUGUCCAUAUUGCACAGUGACAUGUUUAUUACCAAAGUGCAAGGGAAUUUCUGUCAUAUCUAUAUCACGAUCAAUAGAAUAUAUAUGAGAAUAUUACUGCAUGGAGUACCAUGUAUAUGCAACCAAAUCUGUGAGUCGCUUUCUUCAUGAUUAUGGACAAUAUUAUGGUGAUCAGUGCCUUGCUCACCAGUUGAAACAUUUGUCUGCUGACGAGAAUGCUCAAUUCCUCCAUAAAUCCUUUAGAAGUAAUGAAAACUUGACUGCUACUUAUUUCAUUUUCAUUUUCCCCAAUAAAGUGAUUUGACAAAUGGCGGCAUAAGCUGUGUUUGUUCUGGCGAACUUUAAGAAAAUUAUUCCAUUGGUUUGGAAGAGGACCUUUGUCCUCUAGUGACUUUUAAUAGUAACAUUCUUCUUCGGUUUGAUCUCUUCUGCUACGUUCUACAACUUUUGGUGAAAUAUCCUGUGCUCCUUACUUGAUUGAAGAGGCUCCUGAUUUCUUUUAUAUUAAAGAAAGAAGAGCACACCCAUCCUAGCUCCCAGAAAUUGUGCAUAUUUGUCAAAUGUUUUCAGAUUUCUUAAGGGAGAGCUAUAUGUUAUAUUCAUACCUUCUACAUUCGCACAUCUUUUGGACACAAACUUGAAAGAUAAGGAUAAGGCCCGCACCGGAAGUGAUUGAGUCCUGGAAGUGGCAAGAAAUCUCCGCUUUGGAAGCCACUCUUCUCUCUUCAGCAGGGACACAGUACAUUUUGCAUGCAGUGUCCAUGCAAGAAGACAGAACGGUGGUGUCGAUAGGCUGCACUUCUGCGCGCUGGCUCAACUUGUUAGUCUUCCCAGUACAAUUACUCUGGAUGAGGAUUUCAUCCGGUAUUCAACGCUUCAGUUCAAAAGCUCACGGGUGAUGACUGUCAUGCUACUGCACUGACUUUUCAGUAGCACGAGUUCUUCACCCAUGAGCUCUUUUACUUCAUCCGUUCCCACUCCAUCCCCCCACCGC